GAGAAUCUCCACUGACAGAAUAUCUUUGUUAGCAGUAGCACUACAUCUCUGCUCAGGAUGCUGAAUGGUUGGUUGCCAGAUGGUUCUUCCACUCUUCCAUGGAUGCUAAAUGGAGAGUCUUACAAGCCUCACCUGCUAGAUGGUGACCAUUUGUCUAACUUUGACUUAAUUCUACCGUAUCUUCAGAAAAGUUCAUCUCCACAACUAAAUGGUGAAGCGGUAGUCAAUAAAGUGGCCUCACCAAAAGAGAACAAGGUUCCCAUCAUUCGUGGUAGUGGCUCCAACACCCUGACCUUUGAAUUUUGGAAUUCUGAACCACAUAAUGUUUUGGAUGAGGCACCUGUUCCAUCACAGAAAGACUUCAGUUAUAAAGGUACAGAAGUCGGUGCUCUGAUGCCUCAGUCUGCAAUCCCACUGCACUCCCAUAAUGGAUUCAUGUACACAUCCUCUGGGGCAAGGAAGAGUCCAGUAGAACAGAAGAUGGUGAAAUAUGAUGGUAUUGGUCCAGUUGAUGAAACGGGGAUGCCCAUUGCUUCUAGACCGAGUGUCAGUAAACGCCGGGACUGGUACCGAAGUAUGUUUCGACAGAUACAUCCAAAACUAUCAGAUGAUGAAUUUUAUGCUGAGAGACGAAAUUCAUUGGAGGGUGAAGUGUGGCUGGAUGAAGAGGUAAACAAGUAUGAUCAACAUGCUGCCCAGGCUCGAACAUCAGCACCAGGAGAGAUAAGACAACUGGAGUUGAAAACUAGAGAGAGUAGCAAGGACCUAACAUCAUGCAUGGAGUCCAAGAGCAUUGUCAGCUGUGAACCUGGUAGCACUUUACUGCUGGAACAGCAGAUGCAGAUUAACAAAGGUUUGGUACUCUCGCCAGGAGAUCGACGUCCUGAUCCCACUGAGAUAGCCCUUGUGAAAGACCUGGCUGAGUUUAAUGCAGAGUUAGACAACGACAUUAAAAACAUGAAGAAUCGUAUGAGCCUGAAUUCAAGAUUCACCAAGGUGAACAAGGUUAAGGGCUCUCAAGACCACCAUUCAGUAAGAAAACCAUACAACGAUAUUCGUGGCAGUACCUUCAACACACCAGUCUACAAUAGCAUGAAGGGAUUAAGCCCGACAUCCACCCACCACCUUGUGCCAGACAGUCCAAGGGGGAAUAAAGAUGAAGAUGACUUCGCCACCAACCACUUUGGGUAUAUGAAGUCCCCAACUUCUCCACGACCUGGACGACUGUCUAGUAGCACAUUCCCUGGAAAUGGGACUACACUAGUGGACACUGAAGAUGGCCUCUCACGGAAGGAUGAUAAGAAGAUGAUAGCUGCUCGAGUGAAAUAUGACUUUCAGGCUCAAAAUUCAAAGGAACUAACUGUACAGAAGGGAGAUAUUGUAUAUAUCCACAAGCACGUUGACAAGAACUGGCUGGAAGGAGAACAUCACGGGCGAGUGGGGAUUGUUCCAGUUAGUUACAUAGAGGUCCUGCAGUCCAAUGAUAUUCCAAAACCAAUAAAAUCACCAGCAGUCCAAGUGCUUGAAUAUGGUGAAGCCGUUACUCAGUUCAAUUUUAAGGGAGACUUACCAGUGGAGCUAUCAUUCCGGAAGGGUGAACGGAUCUCUCUGAUUCGUCAGGUGGAUGAAAACUGGUUUGAAGGAAGAAUUCCUGGUACUAGCAGACGAGGAAUAUUUCCAGUUAACUAUGUCCAUGUGGUGAAGUGGCCUCGUGUGAAGAAUUCCACGGAUUCCCCAACUUCAGCAACAUUGGUACAGGAGCAAGAGACCACUUCUCCAGAGCCUUACAGUCCAGCACAUUUCUUUAACUCAGUCUCAUCCCCUAGGCUUGGUUCUCCCUCAUCUCCCCAAAAUGUACGCACUUCAUCUCCUUCUCAGCAACCAGCUACUGUUCUAGUGCGUGCCAGUGCUUAUCCUGCAAUAUCCCCCACAGUCCAGAAAAAGGAUAAAGAGGGUUCUGACUUUGAUCAGUUGCACAAGUCUAAUAUCUUUCACACCAUUCCAGCAUCACAAAGUAUACUCCCUCAACAAAUGUCUCCAGGGUUCCUAUAUUCCAGAGAGUCAAAUCAUUUUGCAAAUGUUUCUGUUCCUCAAUCCAAUGUAGUUUCUUCAGCGUCUCCCAGCUUUCAGAGGCUAGCAUCACCCAUCAUAACUACAAAGUAUCAUGGGACCACAGGAGUUCAGAGUACUCCCAUUACAGUGAAAUCACCAUCCACCGUACAGAGCACCCCCUCAGCAGUUACUCCAAAGCAAAUGCUGGAAAGUCAUGUUCAGAAUACAGCUUUCAGCUUUACUGUUCCGGAUGUUUCUAACCAUCAAGUUAACACAGCAGCUCCCAAGAGCCAACACCAGCAGGAGAUGGCUUCCAGCACCUCUACUGAGAAAAUAGAAUGGCUACCAUACAAAGCCAUUUACAGUUACACACCCCAGAACAGUGAUGAAUUGCAGCUUAUAGAGGGAGAUCUGGUCGAUGUCAUGCAGACGUGUGAUGAUGGUUGGUACAUUGGUGUAUCCAGACGGACCAAGACAUUUGGAACUUUUCCAGGGAAUUAUGUCACUCCAUUAUGAUCCCACCUCUUCCACACUACGUCUUCCACAAAGCUUACAAACUGACAUUACUGAGUUUUCCUGUGCAGUUCUUUGACAUUUACUGAAACCACCUACCCAUCUAUAGACAACCUGGAGGCAGCAUGAAUGAUACCUGGGAGAGACUUACCUGUAGGUGUGGCCAUGUGUACUACCAAUGCAUCUUGCAGAAAGGAUCAGCAACAGUUUAUUCUCCCACCUCCUCCUAAACUAAGGAGGGAUGUUUUAUACUGACCAUUACAGGUGUUUUUCUUCAUACAGAUUCCUUUAUGUUUUACUUAAGGUAUUAACGGAUCUUAGAUUUUGGCCUCUCAAGUGCUCAUGAAGAAAUAUUUAAUCAUUCUCAUAACAGUCUGCCAAAUCAGGAUAAUUUCAACAGUGUGAGAUUUGGAGUACUUAGUUGAAAAUUAAACAGUAGUUUGCGGGCCCCUAGUUGCUACAGAUAGGCACAGAAGAGGCCAUUUACCCUAAAAUCACCACAGUGCUAUACAGUGCUAACAUGUGUUAAGGAAAACUGAAUGUCUGAGUCAUUUCUUUAGGAGGUGUCAGUCAGUUAACUGGCACACAAUGUAAAUUCACAUUGCAAAUCACAUACCACAGAAAAAUCACUUCAGUGAAAAUAUACUUCUAAAUAUGUAAAAACAAAGCAUACAGUUAUGGUGCCACCAAUUCAUUACACAAACUACCAUUCAAACAUUCAUUUGUCAUGAAUUACGUAUGAAGUAAAUGUUGUUAGGGGCUGUGCCUCCUCUGUUAUUUAUAUAUAUUGUUAAGUCUGACAGCACUGUGUCACUAGGGAAUUGCCAAAGUAGCCAAACACCCUUCGCACACUUUCUGUCAAUAUUCUAAAGUACAUUCAUUCAUCACUACAAAAGUGCUUGUAAAACCUAGUAUUUUCCCUUCCCCAGGUUUCUCUGACAUUAAGUAUAUUGGUCAUCUUUCCAGACAUAUUUGCUUUGCACUGUAAUUUUUUUAGACAUCUUUGCAACUUAUGAUCUAGAUAUCAUAGUUAGUCUGUGUAAAAAGUCCAUUUCCCUCACAGUUCCACAUUAAAAGCAUCUGACUUAUUAGUUCAAUAAAAGUGCUUUUUAUAAGUUUAAAGUAAUGAAAUGCAACUGUCCUGUUCUGUGAGCUUCCUAAUUGCAGUUCUCAGUAAGUUGCUAGUAGGUGUUCCAUAUUUUAUCCAUUUGUUCCACAUUACGGGAGGUACUCCAAAUUGUGUGAAAAAAUGUUCCAAAUUUUGGAGAUGGAAGGAUGAAAGCUGUAAUUGAUGCUCAUCAUAUUGAUCAUAGCUACAUUAACCAUAGCUAUAUGGGUUACGUCCUGCCAGGAAUAUAUUAGCGGGCAGCAUCCAAAGCUUCAGGCCAUCGUCCAUGUGCUCAAACCAUUAGCCAGCUGAAGCUGAGUUACCUAAAAGUCCUGAACGUCAAACCCUUCAGAGCAUUUCGACUAUCAAACAGAGCACUCCUCUGCAGGCUUGUGAGGAUCAAAAGUUGGCAUGUGCUGUUCCAUUGCUGGGAAGAUAAGUUCUCCUUGGAGAAAAUUUCCACAUUCAAAUAUUUUAUAAUUUUAUUGUGUUUUCCUGGCUAGGAUAGUUAUUUUUCAACUAGGAGUUUGUGUUUUAAAGGACUGUCUUGUGCCUUAACUGUACUUUUAAAUGGGGGGGAUGAACUUUUUUCUUUCAGUUUUAAAAGUUAUUAAAAACAGUUGAGAACUAU